AGAUCCAUUUGCGGCCUAAAAUUAGCCCUUGAGAUGAGGCCGUCAGUGCCUAUACUGUGUCAGUCUGGCACACGUCGCUUCAGCCUCUGACCAUUUAUCCCAGUGGAAACCUUCAUAGGAAAAAAAUAAGUCUAUUGCUUUUUUUGUAAUUGAGCCACAAUGGAUUUGGAGCCGACCAGAAGAUGGAUUAGUUAAUGUAGCUGCGAGCAUCUGAUGGUGGUCUGAAGGGACAGACUAAAAGCAAAGUCCAAAUGGAUUUUUGAGUUUCUUUCCUAUCUGGUGUCAAAAACCUGUGCUUCUUGAGAGACCCGCCGCCAUGAGUUUGAUGGACAUUUCCAAGAUAUUCUCGCUGCUCCAGCCCAAAGAGGACGAGGAAGACGAAAGCCAGUUGCUCACGCAGGCCGUCACCGGGGACGAUGACCGCGUACUGGCCGAGCUGCUGUCUGAGGAGCGCUUCCGCCGCUGCAUCAACAGCCGCUGCGGCUGGGGUAUACCCGGCACCCCGCUCCGGACCGCAGCCGCGCUGGGCCACCUGCGCUGCCUGGAGGUCCUGCUCUCCCACGGCGCCGAGGUAGACAGCCUUGAUGUGAAGGCCCAGACCCCCCUCUUCACCGCCGUCAGCGGGAAGCACCUGGACUGUGUUACGGCGCUGCUCAAAGCCGGCGCAGACCCCAACGGCAGCCAGUACAACAACUGCUCUCCGGUCCUGACUGCUGCUCGGGAGGGGGACGUGGAUAUCCUGCGGGAGCUUCUCCACCACGGGGCGGAGGUGGACGUCCGGCCCAAAGUGCCCGACUGGGCAUCCAAUGCCACGGCGUGCCGUGGGCCUCUCUACAUCUCGGCCGUGUACGGACACCUGAACUGCUUCAGGCUGCUGCUGCUGCACGGGGCCAACCCGGACUUCAACUGCACGGAGGCGAAGAUGCUGGUGCGCAUCAAGCAGCCCAAGACGGUGCUGGAGAUGUGCCUGCGCUACGGCUGCGGGACCGAGUACGUGCAGCUCCUCAUCGAGUUCGGGGCCGACGUCUACCUGCCCACACUCAUCAUCGACAAGACCACCAAGCAGAACGAGGCCGUGGGGAUCCUGCUCAACGCCAGAGUUUGUCCCAAAACCCUGAUGUCUCAGACUCGCCUUGCCGUUCGAUACUACCUCCCAAAAGCCAAUAAAAAGAGCGCCAUUGAUCAGAUGGAUAUCCCCCCAAUUCUGAGGAACUAUCUGAAGCAUGACACCUGAGAUGAUCUAAGCGCGCCUCAAAAGGCAACAAAGAUGAAUGGAGGAUUACAGGGUCGCUCUACGGAAGUACAGUAUGUUUAACGUGUAAAUUGUGAUUUCUUUUUUUUUCUGUGAGGGAUACGGAAGGGUUGAUGAACAGAUUUUUUUGGGGGGGGGAUUGAAUCACACAGAAGCCUUAAACGGAGAAAGAAGAAACCUGACACUCACACAGAACUUGUGACCAUGGAUCAUGCCUACAUCAGAUUUGUGAGAGUUUCAAGAGAAAGCAUAUUUAUGAACAUGUUUUGAUUUUUAUCUAUGAGUGUUUUUUGUUUUUAUUUAAACAAUGUGACAAAAGCAUAUAAUUUACUUUGGCGCAACCUGCAACUAUGUUUUUAUACAAGUAAACAGCAAACAUGUUGUGCA